GGGGCCUGUCUGGGGCGGAGCCGGGUCGCGCGCAGGACUGCAGGCGGAGAGGGCUGGUACCGAGCCGGGCUUGCGGCAGGGGUUCCGGGAGGUCGCCGCCAUGAGCACGGUGGACCUUGCCCGCGUGGGCGCGUGUGUCCUGAAGCACGCGGUGACCGGGGAGGUCGUGGAGCUACGAAGCUUGUGGCAGGAGCAGGCGUGCGUGGUGGCCGGCCUUCGGCGCUUCGGCUGCAUGGUGUGUCGCUGGAUCGCCCGGGACCUCAGCAGCCUCAAGGGGCUCCUGGACCAGCACGGCGUGCGCCUGGUGGGCGUGGGGCCCGAGGCCCUGGGCCUGCAGGAGUUCCUGGACGGUGGCUACUUCGCGGGAGAUCUCUAUCUGGAUGAGAGCAAGCAGUUUUACAAGGAGCUGGGCUUCAAGCGGUACAGCAGUUUGAGCAUCCUGCCGGCCGCCCUGGGGAAGCCCGUUCGUGAUGUGGCUGCCAAGGUUUGUGCCGGCCAAGGUCAUGUGGGACUUGGCUGCAGGGGCCUCUGCCUGGGGCUGACCUGGGCCUGCUCCCCUCCCUCCAGGCCAAGGCUGCGGGCAUCCAGGGGAAUCUGUCCGGGGAUCUGCUGCAGAGUGGAGGGCUGCUGGUGGUGGCCAAAGAAGUCUCCGGGCGACUACGCCCCCCAGGAGAGCAUCUUGCAGGCUCUGUGCAUCUCUGCGGAGGCGGCCUGCACCAGCCAGCCACCCCAGUGUGAUGAGGAGGCGUGCUCUAGGUGAAGACCCCAGGCCCCCACGACUCCCGCCCUGGACACACUGCGAGUUGGGUGUGAAGAAACUCCGGAAUCUCUGGGCUGGGCUGAACUCCGCCUGGUCUACAGACAGCAUCGAGCAUUAAAGGGUGGUUCCUGG